ACUCCGAAUCAGAAUCAGUUUAUUUAUGAAUAAAAACCUCUGGAGCAGAAUUAUCCGACUACAAUGUUCCGUGUUAGACGUCGCUUGGCCGCCAUCUUCGUUUCUCAUUCACAGUUAACGGCAAACAGAAAGAAUACAGAUUUAUUUCUUUAUUUAUUCAAUGGCUUGCGCGUGACGUCACACCGGAAGAACGGAGGGCGCAGCGCUGUGACUAGGAACAUGCUGUCCAACGUGGAGAUCAAGGCCCGCGUGGACGACCCGGUCCGGUUCCUCCAACGAGCUGCCGAGCUCAGCCAAUCAGAGGGAACGGUGAUCCGGCAGAGAGACACGUUCUACCCCUGCAGCAGAGGAAGACUCAAGCUCCGGGACCUCAUGGACGGUUCUGGUCAGCUGAUCUUCUACGAUCGUCCCGACACCGAUGGACCCAAACUGUCCCGGUUCUCCAUCAGCGGAACCAGCGACCCGGCAGGCCUGCAGGCCGUUCUCUCCUCGGCCCUCGGGGUCAAAGGUCGGGUCCAGAAGGAGCGGCGGCUUUUCCUGAUUGGUCAGACCAGAAUCCACCUGGACCAGGUGGAGGGACUGGGAACCUUCAUGGAGCUGGAGGUGCAGAUGCAGCCGCAGCAGACGCUGGAAGACGGACAGAAGGUGGCCAAGGGCCUGAUGGAGCAGCUCGGCGUCUCCAGGGACAGUCUGGUGACCGGAGCCUAUAUGGACCUGAUCCUGGAGGGACAGAAGUAAUCUGAUUACAGUCUGGUGACCGGAGCCUAUAUGGACCUGAUCCUGGAGGGACAGAAGUAAUCAGAUUACAGUCUGGUGACCGGAGCCUAUAUGGACCUGAUCCUGGAGGGACAGAAGUAAUCUGAUUACUGCUGUAAUCAGAUUACAGUCUGGUGACCGGAGCCUAUAUGGACCUGAUCCUGGAGGGACAAAAGUAAUCUGAUUACAGCAGUAAUCAGAUUACUGCUGUAAUCAGAUUACAGUCUGGUGACCGGAGCCUAUAUGGACCUGAUCCUGGAGGGACGCCAGUAAUCAGAUUACUGCUGUAAUCAGAUUACAGUCUGGUGACCGGAGCCUAUAUGGACCUGAUCCUGGAGGGACGCCAGUAAUCAGAUUACUGCUGUAAUCAGAUUACAGUCUGGUGACCGGAGCCUAUAUGGACCUGAUCCUGGAGGGACGCCAGUAAUCAGAUUACUGCUGUAAUCAGAUUACAGUCUGGUGACCGGAGCCUAUAUGGACCUGAUCCUGGAGGGACAGAAGUAAUCAGAUUA